ACACCUGCUGUGACAUCACUUGAGUUUGGGCAGGGCUGCAGUAUGUUUUGGUUUGCAGACACUCUUACAUUAGAGUUGUCUCUUUAAGAGGGGAGCUGCUCUGCAUCUGCUGAUCUGUCAGCUGGUGCCGCCCUCCAUCCCUCCCUCCACCCUCACGCACUGUGCCACUGCUGCACCUCCGGGACCGACGGACACCGGUGAACAGUGGGACUUACCUGGGGCAGACAGCGCAUCAUGCGUGCGCGCUCGAUUGUUAUGGAUAAUCAAUGAUUGGAGCUAAGAUGAGCCGGGCUCUCCGUCCUCGUCAUCCCGGGCUCUGCAGGUGCAAGAGGUAACCAGACUGAGCCGCAGAGGAGGAACACGGACACGCUUUAUCUCCGGAUCUCCACAUGCAUGUUUCAUGUUCAGCCAUGACUUCCUCUACUGCACUGGCAUGGACGAGUCCUCGUGGCACGCGCCUGUAGUAUCAGUCAGCGGAUUCUUUCUCCUCUGUGGAGGUCUGUCCGGUUCAGCCGGUUUGGGAGUCGGUGGCGGCAGUUUGAUCAAGCGCUGGAGCUCAGCAUGUCAUCCUCGGUGGUUGUAUCCGGAGCGAGGGAGCCGAGUCUGGGAGAGCUGCCCAUGGAGAGCUGGAUGUCUCACCUGCCCUGUGCUCUGUGGGACAUCCCGCUGUACCACCUGGCCAUCCCAGGCAGCCACAAUGCCAUAACCUACUGUCUGGAUAUGAAUGACAGAUCUCCUGUUGACCUCACUCAGCCAGACAUGCUUCAAAAGCUGGACAAAUACAUGAAGCCUCUAAUUCGCCCCUUUGUGUACAAGUGGGCAAUAACACAGGAGUUCACUAUAAAGCAGCAGCUGGACUGUGGGAUCAGAUACUGUGACCUGAGGAUCGCUCACAGGCCGAACGACAGCUCCACUGAUCUGUAUUUCUACCACGGUGUUUACACAUCGCUCACUGUGGAGACUGUUUUAAUGGAGAUCAGAGAGUGGCUGGAUGCUCAUCCCAGAGAAGUGGUCAUCCUCUCCUUCAGCCACUUCCUCGGCCUGAACCAGGAGCUCCACAUGCUGCUGCUAACAACCAUACGCAAAAUAUUCACCUCCAAACUCUGUCCCAAAACCGAAGUGUUAACUCUUCGAAACCUGUGGGCUUUGGGCUACACUGUGAUUGUGUCCUAUGAACACAACAUGGCCAGCUCUCACAGCGACCUGUGGCCACAUAUUCCCUACUGGUGGGCAAAUAAAUGCAGAGCCGAAUCUCUAAUCGAGGAGUUUGAACACAGGAAACAACAUGGCAGACCAGGGAGCUUCUUUGUCACGGGAAUAAAUCUGACAGAGGACCUGAAAUACAUCUGCACUCACCCGACAGAGUCUCUGAAGGACCUGGUGAUGUCCACGUACCCAACUCUGCUCGGCUGGGUCAAAGAGCAGACUCCUGGCUCCAGAGUCGGCUCUCUUAAUAUCAUUGCAGGGGACUUUAUCACUGAGAGCCACUUUGUACCAACUGUUGUUGCACUGAAUGGGAAACUUCUGAAAUGGUCCUCUUGACUUUUCACCAUUUUUGCAUUAUUCUUCAGAAAAAAAAUGUGAACCAUGGCAUGAAACACACACAGGCUUGUUUUUUACUACAGAAAACUAUUACUUGAAUUAUUUAUCAUCAUAUAAAUGCACACGUAGGAGUAUGUUAAUUAUACAUUUCAGUCUUGAAGCUACUUGAAUACACACUUUCUUGGUAUUUUGAUCUGCACCUGUUUGUUUACACUCAGUUUACUAUUUAUGCAAUGCACUGUAUCAGUUCCCGCGAGUCAGCAAGGUGACUCGUUUAAUGUUACGUUGACCAAAGCAAUAAUGAUCCAGUUUAUCCCACCUUAAUGUAGGCAUCUAGCUGAGUAAGCACAAACCAUUUAUUCAACAAGCACAUAGGAUGUAAUGUAGGCCUCAAACUUUUAUAACCAUGACAUGUGGGCAGCAAAUAGCUAAACUGUAUCACCAGUAGUACUUAUAUGAUCAGAAGAGAAUGUAGAAGAAGACUUAAACUUUUUGCAAACUGCAUGAAAGCUUCUUUGCAUGAACCCAACCUUGACUGUUUUACUUAUUUCUCACCUUAGCCAACAGGUUAGGCCUUGAUUUCAAAUAAUGCUGCACCGCUGUGCCUGUGAAGAUGCGCUGUUCCAAUAAACAUGAACGUUUUUAAGCAAAUCA